GUGAGGUUUGAUCGUGUGUAUUUCAAAUUUGAGUCAUGCUAAAUUAUUGUGUUCAUACAAAUUGAAAUCGGAAUCAAAUUUUUUUCAAAUCGAUUUCGAGUCGGAUCGAUUGGAUCAGUGUUUAAACCAUCUACUCCAUAUUGUCAUGCGAUCAAAUCUCUUUCUAAAGAAAAGACAAAAGGGAUAUUAGGAUUAAUUCCAUCACUUCCAUACAAACUUUCGUAGACUCUGUGUUGUCAAAUUUCUUUCUAAAGUAAGUACGCCUUUCUCACGAGUGGAACUCCGAACUCUCGUGUAACCAUGAGAAGUCAACGAGAACCUCAGCAACACCAACAACCAUCAGUGCUACUACUUCCCUUACCACUACAAGGCCCUAUAAACUGCUUCUUAAAGCUAGCUCACCUCCUUUCUCUCUCCUCUGACCACCUCAACAUCACUUUCCUCAACGCCGCCUUCGUCCACCAACGUCUCCCCGACCUCCCGUCUCGCUUUCCUCGUGUCAAAUUUUCCCUUUUUUCCGAUGGAAUCUCCGGCGACGAUCCCCGGCCUCCGGCGAAGUUUGCCUCCAUGGUUAGCUUCUAUGAAGCCGAGGUCAUCCGAAGUUUGCCGGAGUUUCUGAAAUCUCCGGCGCCGGCGACGUGCUUGAUCGCCGACGGGGUGUUUACUGCGGUGGGUGAGAGAGCGAUGGAGUUGGGGAUUCCGGUGGUUUAUUUCUCGACGUUAAGUCCUUGUUGUAUUUGGGCUAGUUGCUUUUUUGUUCCUAAGCUUUUUGAUUCUGGGGAAGUUCCUUUCAAAAAAGGAAAGGACCUGAAUGAGCCAAUAAGUGACAUUCCAGGGGUAGAAGGGACCGCCUUAAGGUGGUGUGACCUUCCAGGUAUAUGCCGAACUCAAGACAUUACAAACCCUUACAUCCAACUAGUACUUGAAGAGUGCCGAAAAUUGCCAAAGGCUCAAGGACAUAUACUUAACACUUUUGAUGACCUAGAAGGAACUCUACUUGAUAAACUCCGUUCUCUUUGUCCUAACCUUUACACAAUUGGUCCAGUCCACCUGCACUCUAGGACUAGACAGCCAGAAUCUGAACAACGAGUGACAUCCAACAGUUUAUGGCAAGAAGAUAGAAGCUGCAUAACAUGGCUUGAUGCCCAACCCUCAGAAUCAGUGAUUUUUGUUAGCUUUGGGAGUGUGGUUCCUUUGACAAUGGAUCAGCUCAUUGAGUUUUGGUAUGGCCUAGUGAAUAGUGGGACGCGAUUCCUGUGGGUUAGGCGGCCUGACUCACUAGUUGGAAUCGAAGACAGUGAAGAUAGUUCCUUACAAGUCCCAACAGAACUUCUGAAAGGAACACGAGACAGGGGCUUCAUUGUAAAGUGGGUCCCACAGGAAGAGGUCUUGGCGCAUGGAGCCGUUGGUGGGUUUUUGACUCAUAGCGGGUGGAACUCUACUCUGGAGAGCAUAGUGGAAGGAGUGCCUAUGCUUUGUUGGCCUAAUGGUAUCGAUCAACUGGUGAUUAGUAGGUUUGUUGGGGACGUGUGGAAGAUUGGAAUCGACAUGAAAGAUAUCUGUGACAGGGUUGUGAUUGAGGUUAUGGUGAGGGAUCUUAUGGAGGGGAGAAGAAAUGAGUUUUCACAAAGGGCAAAUCGAUUGUCCAAGUCGGCAGCUCAAGCUGUGAGGGAAGGUGGGUCGUCGUGGCUAGCUUUACAUCGUCUUAUUGAGGACAUAAAAUUCAUGAGAUUUGAAGUCCCAAAUGAUACAUAAUGAAAUUGUAUAAAAUUGGACAACUGAUCUUUAUAAUAUGCAUGCUGUAAUAAAAUGAUUUUUUUCACCUUGUAA